UCGUCAGUGAGUGUAGAUGUAAACUCUUCCACCAACCAACCAUACUUGCUGAGGACGACGCCAUACCACACUAAUCAUCAUGGCAGCUAUACCGGAACAGACGUUACUCAGUGGGUACCAGGUACCUUGUGUUGGUCUUGGUACCUGGAAGUCAAAGCCUGGAGAAGUAGCGGCAGCUGUGAAGACCGCAAUAGGGCUGGGAUACCGGCAUUUCGAUUGUGCGCUUAUCUAUGGAAAUGAAAAGGAGAUAGGAGAGGCAAUUAAAGACGUUAUUGGUACCGGAACCGUCAAACGUGAGGACUUGUUCAUCACAACAAAACUAUGGAACACCUAUCACAGCAAGGCCCGAGUACUGGAGGGGUGUAAGGAGUCCCUGACAAACCUCGGUCUGGACUACGUGGAUCUGUACCUCAUACACUGGCCAAUGUCUAUGAGGGAAAAUGUCGAGUUGAUCCCAGCAGCUCCUGAUGGCAGGGCUGAUAUCAUCGAUAUAGACUUUACUGAAACAUGGACAGCCAUGCAGGAUUUGGUUGACCAGGGCAUGUGUCGAUCCAUAGGUGUAUCCAACUUCAAUUCUAAACAGAUCCAGAGGAUUUUAGAUCUUGGUUUGAAACAUCCAUUGACUUGUAACCAGAUCGAAAUAUCUCCCUAUAAUUCGAAUGAAAAGUUGCUGCAGUUCUGUAAAUCCAAAGGAAUUUCGGUAGUGGCGUAUUCCCCGCUGGGUUCAGGUGACUGCCCAUGGCGAAAACCCGACGAUCCAAAAUUACUAGAAGAGUCGGAGAUAGUGAGGAUAGCAAACCAAUACAAUAAAUCACCUGGACAGGUUCUACUUCGAUGGGGAAUACAAAGAGGAUAUAUCAUCAUACCGAAAAGCGUCUCUGCAGCCAGACAGAAACAAAACUUUGAAAUUUUUGACUUUGAACUUAAGGAGGACGAAAUGAAAAUUAUAUAUGAGAUUAAUCGGAAUUUCCGUUUGUGUACCUGGACCGGAGCAGUUCCUGAUGCAUCUCACAGCCCAUACUAUCCUUUCCAUGAGGAGUUUUAGUAACAGAGGCUCAGCGGCAGCAGUCAUGAAAAUAAUUUACCGAAAAAUAAAGGUUACUGUCGUUUACAUUUCUGGUUUUCUUUAUACAUAUUUAUUUAUGUGUUUUUUAUUUCAGUAUUUAUAGUAGAUUCAAUUAUGACUCCCUAUGGCAAUACUACGUAACCCCGUUGCAUUGUGUCUAAUCUUGACUGAUCUCCCCUUAUUUGUAUUUUCGAUCAACUGUUGUUUGACAGAGCCAAUUGACUAGUGUUGCCAAGAUGACAGUUGGCUAGGCGACUGUCUCGAUUUUGGAAGUCUAGGAAACUGUCUUGUUGCACAAAAAAAACAUUGUUAUUGAUAUAUUACUUGUUUCAGGAAAGAGGGAAAUCUGCAAUAUCUAGUUUCCUUUUCACAUUUAUUUAGACAAAAGUUCUACGAAAAGUAUCUCCUUGUAGAAUGUAUUUAUUUUCAGGAAAAGGAAAUAAAUUUAAAAAUUAAGAGUAUGUUUACAGUUUUUGACGGUAGUACGGGGAUGUAACCGUCAAAAUGGUAUAUUGAUACAGUUUCUGUAUAGCGCCAUGAUAAAGUAAGUAAACACGACUUUCUGUUCUGUUGUAUAAACUUAUUUAACCCUUUCAUCACUUUAGACCAUAAUGGACUCAUCCCAAUAAAUGCAUGGUAUACGUAGAGUCUACUAAAGUUAUCUACGGGUGAAAAGGUUAAGGUAAAUUGGAACAGGAAGGGAGAGUGUAGGGGUAGUUUAGUACAGCAUGACCAUAAUUAUGUAGACUUAAAGUCGACAAUUAUCUAACUUUGUAUUGAUGU